AUGUCUAAAGUCAAAUACAUAGCUGAAGGAGGAUCAUCAAACAGACCACCACUUUUUGAUGGCUCAAACUACUACUUCUGGAAAGGCAAGAUGGAACUCUUUCUCAGAUCUCAGGACAAUGACAUGUGGACAGUAAUCACAGAUGGAGACUUUGUUCCACUAACCAAAGAAGGGAUCAUCAAAGUUAAGAGUGCAUGGUCAACAGAUGAAAAGGCUCAGGCCAAAGAUUUGAAAUCUAUGAACCUGGAAGAUCUCAUUGGUUCACUGAGAGCUCAUGAAGUUGUACUUCAAGGAGACAAACCAGUAAAGAAGGUAAAGUCACUUGCCUUGAAAGCCUCUCAGCAAACCUCAUCAGUAACUGAAGAUGAUUUGCAAGAAACACAAGAAAUAGAAGAAGUUCAUGAAGAAGAAGCUGAAGAUGAACUAGCACUAAUCUCAAAAAGGAUACAAAGAAUGAUGAUGAGAAGAAAUCAAAUCAGGAAGAAAUUUCCCAACACAAGCAACAACAACAGAACUGAAACUGACAAAAGUCAGGUCACUUGUUUUGGCUGCAACAAAACUGGACACUACAAAAGUGAAUGUCCUGACAUUAAAAAGGUGCAAAGAAAACCACCUUUCAAGAAGAAAGCUAUGAUCACCUGGGAUGACAUGGAAGAAACAGAAUCACAAGAAGAUGAGGAAGCCAACUUAAGUUUGAUGGCUCAAACAGAUGAUGAAGAAGAGGUAAUUGUCUACAAAACUCAUCCCUUAUAUAAAGACCUUGAAAGUAAACUUGAUAGCCUUUUAUAUGAUUCAAACUUCUUAACUAAUAGAUGUCAGUCAUUAAUCAAGGAACUUUCUGAACUAAAAAUAGAAAAGGAAAAACUUCAAAAUAAAUAUGAUGAAUCUAGAAAAACCAUACAGACUUUGCAGGACUCUCAUUUUAAAAUGUCUGAACAACAAAGAGAAUUAAACAAAAGGCAAAAGAACAUUUAUUCCAAACCUUCUGAGGUACAAAAGGAAAACAUUCUUUUGAAAAAUGAAGUUGAGAAACUGAAAAAUGAUCUCACAUGCUUCAUAAAGUCUACAGAAACAUUUCAAAAUAUUUUGGGAUCUCAAAGCAAAAGUGCUGAGAAAUCUGGUUUAGGAUUCAAAGAUCCAAACAAGAAUCUCAUUAAAAACUUUGUACCUCAAAAGGCUGAAAUGAAGUUACAAUGUUCUUACUGUGAUAGAUUAGGACAUGAUGUAUCUGUCCUGCCUCAAGGUGCAAGAACAAAGCCAUGGUACUUGGAUAGUGGCUGUUCUAGACACAUGACAGGUGACAAAAAAUUGGGUAAGUUUGAUCCUAAAUCAGAUAAAGCUAUCUUUUUAGGAUACUCUACAACUUCCAAAGGUUAUAGAGUAUACAAUCUAAAAACCCAGACAGUUGAAAUUAGUAUGCAUGUCAUAUUUGAUGAAUAUGAUGAACAUUCUCAACUCAAAGAGAGUGAGGAAACAGAAGAACCAGUACUUCAGAAUGUUUCAAAUCAAGACACUGUAAGUACAGUAGAUAAGGAAGAUGAUCAGAAUAAUCAAGAUCUAUCACUUCAGAGUCCUCCUAGAAGUUGGAGAAUGGUAGGAGAUCACCCUGCAGAACAAAUCAUUGGAAGUACAACUGAUGGUGUAAGAACCAGAUUAUCCUUUCAAGAUAACAACAUGGCAAUGAUUUCUCAAUUGGAACCCAAGUCAAUCAAUGAAGCCAUUAUUGAUGACUCAUGGAUUGAAGCCAUGAAGGAAGAACUUUCUCAAUUUGAAAGAAACAAAGUUUGGAAUUUAGUUCCAAAUAAUCAAAGCAAAACCAUCAUUGGAACAAGAUGGGUUUUCAGAAACAAGCUUGAUGAAGAAGGUAAGGUUGUCAGAAACAAAGCAAGGCUAGUAGCUCAAGGCUACAACCAACAAGAAGGUAUUGACUAUGAUGAGACUUUUGCACCAGUAGCAAGAACCAAAACAACUUCUCCAUUGUCUGAAAAUGAGUCAGCUCCUGUUGCUCGCUCUGAACCACCAAAUCAAACCGCUGCUGAUGAAUCAAUCUCAUCACCUCUAAACGAAACCCCUGUUCAUACAAUCCUUCCAGAUGAAAUCAUCCCAAUCACCAAAACAUCCAAACUUAAAAUUAAGAAGAAGGCUAUCAAACCUAAAGCAACAAGAAGAUCCUCAAGGAUUAUAUCUGGAUCCUCAUCCUCCAAAACCAAAACGGUUUCUCAUGUUGACCUCACAGAAUCCGUGGAAAAGGAUGAUGGUGAUGAAACUCUCUCUGAGUUCAUAAAAUCUUCAAAGGCUGAGUCUAAAAAGGUGAAAGGAAAAACUCAAGUAAGUGAAACUCCUUCUCCAUCUGAAUCCUCUGAGAAGAACUCGUCCUCAUCAGAAGAAGAAGAAAAAGAAGCUUCUCCUCCCAAGAAACAUGGAAAAGGGAAAGAUGUCAAAUUGAUUGCAUCUUUGAGGAAAGCAGAAAUGGAAGCUAAGCAAUCUCAAAGACCAGUAAGCAAAGCAAAAUACUUUGACUUUGCAGAUCUUAAGAAGAAGAACUGGAACCUACGAGAAUACACUGAUUCUCAGGAUUGGUCCAACUUUGUGUCCCUUCAAGAUCUCACCUUUGAGAAUCUGGUAAGAGAGUUCUACAGCACAAUGAAAAUCAAGGAAAAGAAGAAGGAAAAGAUCCUCAUCUCCACUGUCAAAGGCGUUGAAAUCAAAAUCACCAAGGAUUUUCUUUCAAAAGCUUUAAGAAUUCCUAAUGAAGGUAAUGAACUUUUCUUUCCUUCCUGGUUUCAUGAGAUGAAGGUCAAUCGCAACAAACUCAUAGUUGAGUACACCAAACCUGAUCUCCCUUUCAACUCCACAAAUCUGAAAGAUGUUCCUAAAAUCCUGCACAACAUGAUUAGGCACACUCUGCUUCCUAGAAGUGGUACUUUUGAAGCAGUCACUGAUACAGACCUAUGUAUCAUGUACCACAUGAUCAAGAAGAAAAGGUUGAAUCUCUGCUACAUCAUUCUACAGCACAUGAUUGAUUCAUGUACGAACCCCAAACAAUCAAAUGCUGCCCUUGCUUAUGGUAUGCAUAUCACCUCCAUACUUAGAGCUGCUAAGGUUGAUCUUGAAGGAGAAGAUGGUGAUUACUCCUUCAUGAGAUUCACAUCAAAGACCCUAGCUCAACUUCACAUAACCACCUCCAACAUGCCUACUCCAGUGUCUUCACAGACAACCAGCUCUGUCAAAAGACACUCAGCUCAGAAUGUUAAGAAGCCAAGUAAGAAGAGGAAGCUUGAAAAAGUCAGAAAUCUUUCAAGCAUUCAGAGACAAGAAGAAGAAAACUCUCCUGACAAAGAGGCAUCUGAUGAAGAGAUAGCUGAUUCCCCACCAAAGGAGGAUGAACCCACUGCUGUUAAUCUCUUCCAAGAUAUUGCUGAACGUGCAAAAGAAAUCCUUCAAGAAGAUGCAGAAGUUCAGAAUGUUGAAGUUUCUGAGAAGGAAGAUGAAGUUGCUGAUCAAGAGAAGAUGCAAGAAGAAGUUGUCUCUCAUGAAGAGGAAGAAGAGUCAACUCUAGAUGCAUCCAAAGUUGAUGAAAUCUCUGAAAAGGACCUUCAGAAAGUUGACUCAACUGGUGUUGCUGAUGUUCAGAAUGUUGAUGUUCCACCUGCUGACCAACUUCAGAAAGUUAAUGAAGUUGAAGAAAAUACUGAGCAAACUGCUCAAGAAGUUGCUUAUGCUGUGGAAGAAGGAUCUCAGGAAAAUGAUCAAGACAUGCAAGAUGUGGCUGAAAUUCUUGUCUCUCAAAGAAUGAGUGAUGGACAUGAUGAAAUGGAGCCUCAAGAGUUUGAGCAAGCUGAAAAUCAAACUGGCUUUAAUCUAAAUGUGGAAGAUCCAAGCUCAGAUGUGAAUGUGUACCAAGAUGCACAGCCUGAAAACAAUGAGGAAGUGCUUCAGGAAGCUCACGAAAUGAUUCAGGAACUUCAAGAAAAUCCUGCAAUCACAGUUCAGAAUGUUCAGACAAAUGCAUCUGCUGAACCUAGCUUGCCUCAAGAGAAUGAGAUGUCAGUUGAUCCUAUUCCUCAAGCAUCAGGAUCACUUCCCUCUGAUGAAGUUCACCUCAUGGCUCAACAAACCCCUCAAAAUCAAAAUCUGAAUUUCUCCACUUCUACCAUGGAAUCAGAAGUUGGAAAAUUCUUUGUUUCUCCUCUGCUCACUCCAAAUGGUCCUUCUAAGGACAAGGUUGAAACAUCUGCUCCUGCUCCCUCCACCAAAAUAUCCAAAGCUGAGAAAAUGGCUGCCAGGGCACUUAGGGUCUCCACCAAAACUCAUAAGAUUGCCUGCGUGCUAGCUAAGUGGACCAUUGAUGUUCAUGCUCCUGGUCUGGCUCUUGAUCCUCCUAUUUUUGAAGAUCCUAGUGUAUUUGACUCUGAGCCCUCCUCUGACUCUGGGGAUUCCACCCUUAGUUCUCUGUGUCUUGUACCUCCUUAUCUUUUUGCAGAUGACAAAAAGGGGAGAAGCUUUAGGAUAAUUAUGUCUUUAAGUUUCUAG